UUCCUUCUCUCUUUAUCCCUUUACGUUUCCACGCGAAGCGAGAAGGCUUAUAAACUUGUAACGGAGCCCAGAGAGAACACGUUCGUCUAUGGAUCUUUCUGUCUGUGGUUCUCCUGCCAGCUUUGCCUUUAGUUCGAAAUCCUGGCUUUGUGUUGAAGCGGCAGCACUGAUUCUCUAACUCUCCAAGAUGCGGAUUGUGUUGACGUUCUUUUUGGCGUCGUUAUUCACGCUGGGACUGGAAGCGGGGAAGUCGCCAAUAGUCACCACGAAGAAUGGAGACGUCAAGGGACGUAAGGUGGAAGCUUUGGGCAAGAAUCUAGAACUUUACCAGGGUAUCCCAUACGCUCGUCCUCCCGUCGGAAAACUGCGAUUCCUGGCACCAAUCCCCGUCGACCCCUGGACCGGCGUCUACGAUGCUACGUCUCCGAAAAUUGCUUGUAUCCAGAAAGUGUUCAGUGAGGAUUUCGCGCCUUACGUGAACCAGUCCGAAGACUGCCUGUACAUCAACGUGUGGACCCCAGCUUCUUCGAAGCCGCUCAAGACAGUGCUCGUAUGGAUACACGGAGGUGGCUUCACAUUCGGUACGUCCUAUCAACACUGGUACGAUGGAUCCGCGCUGGCGGCUCUGCACGAUGUCGUGGUAGUCACUUUCAACUACCGUCUUAAUAUCUUUGGUUUCUUGAACGCUGCCACCCCUGAAGUGCCCGGCAACAUGGGCCUUCUAGAUCAAAACCUAGCGCUUCAGUGGGUUCGCGACAACAUUCGAUCUUUCGGCGGCAAUCCAUCUCAGGUUACGCUGUUUGGAGAAAGCGCUGGUUCUUUCAGUGUGAGCGCUCAUGUACUCUCUCCACUCAGCCGAGGCCUCUUCCAAAGAGCUGUCUUCAUGAGCGGAGCGUACGACACGGAUGGUCUGGUAGACAGUGCCUUUGAGAGCAUGUCCAAAGGCAACAAAGUCGCUGAGGUAGUUGGAUGUACGUCUCCUUACAAAGACCUCGCCAACUACCCGGAAUAUGUUCUCGAAUGCCUGCGCUCCAAGCCGGCUGAGCUUCUCCUUGAUGUCACCUACAACGUGACGGCACCUAAGGUGUUCAACUUCAUUCCAUCACAUCCGAACGCGUUCUUUCCAAAGCGCCCCACAGUGGCAAUGAAAAAAGGCGAGUUCAACAACGUGGACAUCAUGAUCGGAGUCACAGCAACUGAAGGUACUUUUACUUGCUAUGUCUUUCCCGGAUAGUCGAAUCCAAACGGAGGAAGCUCGAAGGCAUCAGCGAAGAAGAGCUCAAGAAAGUUCUGCGUGUCAUGUCCCUCGCCUGGAUUCCGGAUAAGUUCGCGUCUACGCUAGAGCACUAUGCUAGCCGCAGCCACUCCGGGUGACAAGCGACUUCUGAGGGAAUUGCAUAUGGAGUAUAUAACUGACGCACAGUUCAUUUGUCCCAGCAAGUUCUUCGCCCAAGACUACUCUGAAAUGGGUAACUCAGUGUACUUUUCUGUUUUGGGCUACAGGUCGGCGAAGUUUCCGUUUCCAAAGUGGACUCGCGUGCCCCACACCUCUGACAUCGUCUACUACUUCGGCGUUCCUCUCCUCAAGCCGAAUAAGUUCACAGACGAAGAUCGGGAGUUCAGCAAGACUGUCAUGAAGGCAUUCACGCAGUUUGCAAAGACAGGAAGGCCAAUGAUCGAUGGAGUCGAGUGGCCACCCUACACCAACGACGACCCUGCGGCCUUGUGGCUUCAGUCUGGAAAUUACUCACUGCACCGGAAUAUUGGCGACAAGAACUGCGAAUUCUGGAGGGCGUACUUGACGUGAGCGCUAAACACCGACAAAGAAGGCUAGCCGAGCCGAAGUUACAGAAAUAAAUAACGUUUACAUGUGUUCAUCACCACAAACAAAAUAC